GGGAGGGUUGACAAAUUGUUUUAUCCAUGUUAAUUUUCCUGAGAAUUUUUUUGAAUAAAUGCAGGUGGUGAAUUAGUCUUCAGUCAACUCAGCGUUUAAUUUCAAAACAGAAGUUUUGCAGAUGCAAUAUUUUUAUGUGACCAGCCACAAUUUGACCAGCCACAAAAAAGGAGAUCCAGUUGAGCGCUAUCUUUUUCUUCGAGUGAGGCGGUGGUUCAGGAGGAGGGUGAUUAAUUGAAUCUUCAGAAGAACUAGGUUGAACAUGUCUUGCCAACUAUGAAUGAUGAACCGCUCGAUCAGUUACACCGAUGUGGAAGAUACAACCUCUAGACAUUGUUAGGAGGAGAAAAAACUCACGCUCACCUGAAGCGGACAUAACUCUCGGUCAAAGAAGAUGUCAGACUAAAAUCAGAACCCAUAAAGAUAGAAAUAAAAAAGAGAGACAACAUAGCAAAACCUUUGAUUCAUUAAUGUUCAGAGAACAUCACAAUCAUCAAUAUUCUUGUGAAUCUGAGAGAAGAAGCCAGAAGAUUAAAUUGUGCAAAAGCUUGCCGCCUAGGGUUUCCCUAGGACCAGCUCAUGUUCCCUACUCACGCUCUUGUCUAUUUAUGUUAAGAUCUUAUCGACUAGAGUGUUAUGUUUAUGAUUUUCCUCUAAAUUCAAUGAAAGUGUAUUCUAUGCUUUGCAUAAAAUAUUUUCCUCAAUAGUUGACAAUGCGAGGCGUGACACCCCCAGUUUAACUGUUAAGCUUUAUCAACUAUUUUAUAUUCUACAUUAUUAGAGCUUCAUCCUUGUGUUAGAUGAGCCAUUACUUGUUUUGUACUCUUCAUUGGCUUCCUCUUGUAAUUUAAGAGGCAUUGCUUUCAACC